GAGAGAGAGAGAGAAAGAGGGGGUGAAGGCAGGAAGGAAAGUAGAAGGAUGGUGAGAGAAAAUGUUGAGCAAGGGAGGGAAGGAUACACAGAAGAUGGGACGGUGGAUCUGCGAGGCAACCCAAUCCUCCGAUCCAAACGUGGUGCCUGGACUGCUUGUUCCUUUGUCGUUGUAUAUGAGGUUUUUGAGAGGAUGGCAUACUAUGGUAUCUCAUCCAACUUGAUCAUAUACCUAACCACGAAGCUGCGACAAGGGACGGUAAGGUCAUCAAACAAUGUCACCAACUGGGUGGGUACCAUUUGGAUGACUCCUAUUCUUGGUGCUUAUUUGGCCGAUGCCGUUCUUGGUCGUUAUUGGACUUUCCUCAUCUCUGCAUUCAUCUACCUAGCGGGAAUGUGCUUACUGACGCUAGCAGUUUCAGUAUCAGGGCUAAAGCCUCCCACUUGUGAUUCUGGGACCGACUGCAAGAAAGCUUCCACCUUGCAACUUGCUGUAUUCUUCGGCGCCCUCUAUACACUUGCUGUUGGAACUGGUGGCACCAAACCUAAUAUCUCCACCAUCGGUGCCGACCAAUUCGACGACUUUGACCCCAAAGAGAAGGCCCAAAAGCUUUCCUUCUUUAAUUGGUGGAUGUUCAGCAUCUUCUUUGGUACCCUCUUUGCUAACACGGUUCUGGUCUACAUACAAGACAAUGUAGGAUGGUCUCUCGGUUAUGGCCUCCCUACUCUUGGCCUCUUGAUAUCCAUCUUGAUCUUCUUGGCCGGAACACCUUUUUACAGGCACAAGAUUCCUACUGGCAGCCCUUUCACUAAGAUGGUUAGGGUCAUUAUGGUUGCCCUAAGGAACUGGAAUCUACCCCUCCCAACUGAUCCCAAACACCUCUAUGAACUUGACUUGCUCGAAUAUUCUAAGAAAGGAAAAUACAGGAUCGAUUCCACUCCUACACUCAGCGUCUUAAAUAAAGCAGCUUGUGUUAGAACAGACGCAAUUUCUCCACCGUUGAUGCCAUGUUCUGUAACUGAGGUUGAGGAAACUAAACAGAUACUACGAAUGAUCCCAAUCUUGAUAGCCACCGUCGUCCCAAGCACAAUGAUUGCACAAAUUAGUACGCUUUUUGUUAAGCAAGGAACUACUCUAGAGAGAAAUAUCGGAAGCUUUGAAAUCCCACCAGCCAGCUUAGCUGGAUUUGUGACCCUAUCCAUGCUUAUAUUUGUUGUGCUCUACGACCGCAUAUUUGUGAGAAUAAUGGCAAAGUGGACCAAGAAUCCAAGAGGGAUUACUCUCCUCCAAAGAAUGGGUACAGGAAUGGUUAUCCACAUCAUUAUAAUGGUGGUAGCGUCCGUAACCGACCGGCAUAGGCUAAGCGUCGCAAAAGAUCAUGGCGUGGUUGAGAAUGGGAAGCAAGUUCCUUUGUCAAUCUUGGUCCUCCUUCCUCAGUUUAUACUAAUGGGAAUGGCAGAUGCGUUUCUAGAGGUGGCCAAGAUCGAAUUUUUUUACGAUCAAGCACCAGAAAGUAUGAAGAGUCUUGGGACUUCUUAUUCGAUGACAAGUCUAGGGAUUGGGAGUUUCUUUAGUAGCUUUCUCCUAUCCACGGUAUCUCGUGUUACUAAGAGGAAUGGUCACAAAGGGUGGAUUUUAAACAACCUCAACGACUCACAUCUCGACUACUAUUAUGCUUUCUUUGCAGUGCUCAAUUUGUUCAACUUCAUCUUCUUUCUUGCAAUGGCCAAGUUUUACGUAUACAAGGCUGAGGUCUCAGAUUCUAUGGUCAUUCUUGGACAAGAGUUGAAGUCAACUACUACUACUGAUCAUCAUGUGGUAGCUGAAAAAGAAGCGGCAUCAAGGUUCAACUUAACUUGAAGACCCAACUAAAAGGAAAUUAAAGAUUUGCACAAGUAAAACGAAAGAAAUGAUUAUGUAGCUACAACAGUCCACUUGUAUCAGCUUUGUUUAAUUAGGUCAUGUUGCACCUGUAACUUUUGAUAUAGAAA